CCCCUGUAAAGCCAGGACAGACGCAGUCAACGAGCCAGCCAUGAUGGAGUGUGUUCAUGUAGCUGUUGCUGUGUUCAGUCUUCUGUCUCUUGGACAGUCAGCUCCUGCGACCAACUGUGAAAGUCUUAUCCAACCUAUUCAAAUCAAUGGGAGGGAUCAGCUGCUUGGAAGAUGGACUUUUAUAGCAGAAAGCACAGACAUACCCGGAUCCAGAGUGUUGUCAAAGAUGUUCAUGGGGAACAGCUGGUUGAGCAGCACUGCUGCUACUCAGGAGAACGUCAUCACCACUUCUCAAAAUCAAAAAAUGUUUGGGCUUUGCUUCAGUUUGACAUAUAACAUGACCCUGGAAAACAAUGCUCUUGUUUUAGUCCUACCCUACCCCUCAACCGCUUUCCUCCUGAAUACCGGCUGCCCUGACUGCAUGGUUGUGUUCACCAACUACACAAUUGGAAGAAGCUUAUACAAGGGUCUGCAGCUACUGAGUAGGAGACCGAAGGUAUCUGCUGCUGAACUGGAGGAGUAUAAGAAGCAGGUGGAGUGUUUGAAUUUACCAGCAGCUGCCAUCCUGGACCCAGAGAAUGGUUUUUGCCCAGAUCCAGCUCUCUCCAAAGACACAAAGAGCAUUGAUCUGACCAGCAGCUUUAAUUCCAUGGGCUCUGACGAUAUGAACCUAUUGAAUAAGAUUCUCAAAAGUGGCAAUGGGGUCGAGUUACUUACUGAAAUACUCUCAAUGAUAUCCAGAAAAGCAACUGCUAUGAUGGAAAAUUAACGUGAAGGGAAAUCUUGUUUUACAAUAAUAAAAAUGGAGAACAAAAGGUUUGA